AUGACUACUCGGGUUGGGGCAAAGGUCCUGGUCCAGGCAUGCCGACCCUUCUGGCGCAGCUUGGUGCCCAGCUCUGCUGUGGGCAGGGUGGAAGGCAUGCAGAAUCCCGGCGCAGACCUUGGGUUGCAUUCUGCGGAGCGCGGUGUAUGGGGUCGUCACGCCCUGUUUCACACCGCGCCACAGUCGCUGGCCUCCCUGCCGGUCACCAUUCCGGCCCUGGGGGAGUCCAUCAGCGAUGGCACCGUGGCAUCAUUGCUAAAGAAAGCGGGGGAUACCGUGGAGGAGGACGAGCCCAUUGUAUCCAUUGAGACUGACAAGGUCACCGUGGAUGUGAGGGCCCCCCAGGCGGGUGUCAUCCUGGCUGUGCUGGUAAGAUUGCAAGAAAGGGCUGAGGAGUCUUUCUCGGAGGUCUGGGGGGGUUGA